UAAUUUUGUUGUCUUGUGACAAGAAAGAUCUUGAAAGCGCGCAGCUAGGGAUGAGUAGAGGCGGAAGCUUUGGCGGCGGACAGAGCUCGCUGGGCUACCUAUUUGGCUCUGAUGAAGAAAAGCCUUCACCUCCGGCCUCCCGGCCAGUGAAUCCACCACCUUAUGGUGUUGAUAUCACGCCCACCACCAUGGAAAAGCCUCCAGAUAGUCCUUCCAGUGAAAAAGACAAAGCAUCAAACAAUUAUCACCGAUCGCAAGGCCAGAAUUCCGGCAACUUCAUCACUGAUCGUCCGUCCACAAAAGUGAAGUCAGUUCCUGGUGGAGACUCAUCGCUUGGCUACUUGUUUGGAGAUAAGUAAUUAAUACCUUCUACUUCUCUACCUUUAUAACCGAAUAUGGUGCAGAGACAAGAAGGGAUUUCAGUACCAAUUAGCGUGUGUUAAGGUUUGCGAGUGUGUAUUUGGAUUUCUAAUAUAUGAUAUGUUUGAGUGUGAAUUUGAUCCUUCUGGUUUACUAAAUAUAUAUAAUUUGUAUCGUUUGUGUAAUCGUAUAAGAAAUAAAUGCCUCUCUUCACAUUAUAUUAUAUUGAGAAACCAAUUUAAUCCUUA